GUGACGCUUUCCCUGAGUCCCGGAGAGAAAGAAACAAAGUUUUUUUUUGUUGUUGUUGCUGCUGCUGUUGGGGUUUUUCUCUCGUCGCCGGCCCUCCCUGCCCUCUCCGCCAGCUGCAGCCCCGCGUCCCCGCGGGCGGCCGCCGCGCCUGGCUGCGCAGGACCUGUAACUAAGUGGACCCUGCUGACCUCUGAACCACAAAGGAUAAGAGUGAAAAGAAGUCUGAGAAGCACGCGAAGAAAAAGGAAGUGGCUGUACUUUCAUCUGGACUUCUUUCCUGCCCUUUAUUAUUAAAACUGAAUGGAAAAGACAGACUUACGUGCCUUUUCUCCCCCAACCUCAGGGAUGGGUGGAUUGUAAAUACAGUGUGUGCAGCUGGUAGAACAGACUGAAUCAUGAAUCUUCAGACUCAGCAAAAGUCUUCAACCAAAAGGACUGGGAAACGAAUUGCUUAUUUUAAUGAACAGGAUAUAGCUGUGUCAUCAAAAGAACCACAGCAGCAGCUUAAAGAAGGCCAGUACUAUGGUCACGGAGGGAAUAUACCAGUCUCCCAAACCAUGGAGAUUCCUCACACAGGAGGAUUAACAAGUGCCCCUAACAAUGUUGCUUUGAUGAACUCUGUUUACAAUCAAGAUAGGGGAGAAUCAAUGAUGAUGUCCCAGCCAGUGACAGCUGUCAAAUGGCAGAAUUCCCUAAUGGGAAACCGGUUGCCAGAGAGAGGUGAUGCCCACUGGCAGUCUCCACCUGCAAUGUGGAACCACGGUAUGGUUUUUGGGGGCAACCCUAAAGGACCCCACUCCAAUGCUGGUGCUCCAGGGUUCUAUGGCCACCCCGAAGCCCUUAAAAGAAAUCAAGAGAAAGGAGUGUUUGUGUCACAGCUGGACUUGUAUGAAGAUGCUGUCCAGCAAAUGAUGUCCCAGAAGGCUCAGCUGGAACAGCAAGCCCUGGUUAGACAGCAAGCACAAAUGAAUUCUUUUCAUCAGAUGCAGAAGCAGCAGCAGCAGAAUCAAAGUCUGCCACUGCAGCCUUUCCAACUUGCAUUUGGUCACCAAGGCCAGAAGCAAGGUCUUCCUGAAUUACUGCAUGUCUUUCAAGAAGCACCAGCUUCUUCCAGUCCAGCAUUUACUGCUCAGCAAAAACAGCAAGCUCUUCCCCAACUACAGCUGUUUGAAAAUUUCUAUCCUCAACAGCAGCAGCAACAGGCUGCCACGCAAGCCUUCAGUCUACAGCAAACUGCUUCCAUAGCACAGCCUCAUGUGGCAGCUGCAGCACCUCAGCAUCACAUGAUGGCACACCAGUUUCAGCAAACGGAGAGGAACCAGGAACUAUUCAAGGCUCUAACAGAGCAGAACCAACAGACAGUGCUACCUCAGACCCAGAUUCCCUUUCCAAGAAGGUCACGGAGACUCUCCAAAGAAGGUGUCCUGAUGACAUCUGCAGGAGACGUGUUGGCUUCCAAGCAGGCAGAAGAACAAUCUAGCAAUUUAUUUCUCCAUCACUGGCACACACAUCAGCAAGAGGUCCCAUUGCAGCAGCCGCCUGAAUCGCUGGCCCACAACAAAAGUAGCUAUUCACACCCCAAGAGAAUGGAUCUGGGGCAGAAGGACGCCCUGGUCAACAGUGAACUGUGUCAGAUGGAAACAGAGAGGCAAGCUGUGGCCCAGAACGGUAGAGAUGGGGAGAAACAGACAGCAGCAGCUGAAGAAAAUGCUCCGAGAACUAAUGACUUUCAGGGUGUUAGAGGAGGUGUAAUCCAGAGUACACGAAGGAGACGGCGUGUUUCUCAAGAAGCCAAUUUGCUAACUUUGGCCCAAAAAGCUGUGGAGCUGGCUUCUCUUCAGAAUGUCAAGGAACUGGAUACUUCAGAAGAGAAGAAAAGUGUGCUGAUAGCAGCUCCAGGACCUACAGCUGCUAAAAGCGUGGUGGAAUUUGCCAGUUCUUCACCAGCUCCUAAAAAAGCCCGGGAGGACAGCAGUCUUGUGCCUCUUAUCAUUCCUGUAUCUGUGCCAGUGAGAAAAAUUGACUUGCAGAACCUUGGAAAAGAAAAGUCUGAGGAUGGGAAGCUCCAAAGAGGCCAAACAAAUGAUCGAGGUCCUUGUGAACGCAAGCCUUCUGUGAUAGUCACUCGGAGGCGAUCUAAUCGUAAUACUAACAUGGAAACCUCAAAUCAGCAUGAAGAUGCUGUCCCAAAGGAUGAAGCAGAGGGUUUUGCCCGGAAACCAAAGCAGCGCCCAAGACCUGAGCCACUCUUCAUACCACCAAAAGCUGGCACCUUUAUUGCACCACCUGUUUAUUCUAACAUUACUCCAUAUCAGAGCCACUUACGGUCACCUGUCCGUCUGGCAGAUCAUCCUUCAGACAGGAACUUCGAGCUACCUCCUUACACUCCUCCACCAAUUCUUAGUCCAGUGAGAGAAGGAUCUGGGCUAUAUUUUAAUGCUAUCCUCUCUUCAAGUGGUCAUUCAGUUCCACCUCCAAUGACUCCUAAAAGUGCUCACAGAACUCUACUUAGAUCAAAUAGUUCAGAAGUUACGCCUCCUGUUCUCACAGUAGUAGGGGAAGCCACACCGGUCAGCAUUGAACCGCGGAUAAACGUAGGAACUCGCUUCCAAGCAGAAAUCCCAUCACUCCAAGAUAGAUCUCUGGCAGCAGCUGAUGAACAUAAAGCAGAGCUGGUGUGGCAGCCAUGGGGUGACCUGGAAACCAACAAAGUCACCCAGGAGAAUGUGGAAAACCUGCUAGCUGCUGCCUGUUCAAGCAUUUUUCCUGGGGCUGGAACCAACCAGGAGCUGGCGCUGCAUUUCUUACAUGAAGCAAAGGGAAGCAUUCUGGGAGCUUUGACCAAGCUGCUAUUGAAGAGGCCAGUACGAUCACCUACCCAUCCUCUGGCAGAUUAUCACUACACAGGAUCAGACAAUUGGAAAGUUGCUGAAAAGAAACUUUUCAACAAAGGCAUUGCAAUCUACAAGAAAGAUUUUUUCUUGGUCCAAAAGCUUAUAAAAACCAAGACAGUGGCUCAGUGCGUGGAAUUCUACUACACAUAUAAGAAACAAGUGAAAAUUGGUCGGAAUGGGACCUUAAUCUUUGGGGACAUUGAUGGUGCUAAUGAAAAAUCUGUGAGAGAUGAAGCUGAAGUUGACAUCAAGAGUUCCCAUAGGUUUGCACGUGUUCUUCCUCUCAGAAGGGACAUUUUCAGUGAAGAACAGGGACACGUGGAAGAGGAAGAAGAGGAGGAAGAGGAGGGAGAUGAAGAUAACAGAAAGAAGAGCACACUUCCCCUCAAAGAUGCAGAGACACUACAAGCUGGUGUAACAGCCAAUGAUGCCAAUAUUAGGAGUCAAGAAGCAACUGCCACAGGCAGAAUUGGAAGGAAGCCAAGGGAGACAACCAUGAAGCCUCGAAAGCCUAUUGCUAUUCCAGUGCAGAGGAGGCGGCGAAAACAGAAGAUAAAAUCAGAUGCUACCAGUAAAACUCAGAACACAGAAAACACAUUUCCAUGUAAAAAAUGCGGCAGGGUGUUCUACAAGGUGAAGAGCCGCAGUGCCCACAUGAAGAGCCACGCGGAGCAGGAGAAGAAAGCGGCUGCACUGAAGCAGCAAGAGAGAGAGGCAGCAGUGGCAGCAGCAGCGGCAGCAGCAGCCCACAGCGAGGCCCAGCAGGAAGAGAGCAGCGAGACUGGGAGCAACAGCAGUGGAAGUAGCAGCGGGAGCUCAGAUGAGGAUGGAGAAAUAUAGCAGCAGGCCCAAAGUGGAGGGAGUAGCAAGGCUGGACCCAUCUCCCCCUCAGUGAUUUCACUAUUUUGCUUGCACUUUUCUUACCUGAACCAUCAGUUUCAGUGCUGCAGUUUCCUCAUGCCACAUGUUCCAUUUUGCCUUGCCAGUACUGACCAAGCCAGAAUGGUGGACAAAAAGAUUUGUUUCAACUUGGAUUUUUUUUUUAAACAAGAUUUCUAUUUAUAACCAUACCUAAGGUACAUAACAGAACAAUGUCUCCUGCAGUGGAAGUAAGUUCUCUCUCAGGUCAAUCAGACCUUUCUUCUUGUGCUUGUCAGGAAUCAUGAUAAUGGGACUCUUGGAUAUAACGCUUUCCAGACCAGAGCAAGAAAAUGAUGCUCUGCUCUGAGCUAACUGUAUCCACUUACUGUGACACUGGUGAUUUCUAGAUGUUUUCUUUCUUAGCAAGUUGUUCUUCCUGUUACACUAUCCUGCCUUUCUUUCUGAGCAUUUAUUCAGGUUGCCAACAAGUUUUGUGGAAAGAUGGCUUGCACUUUUGGCCUCUGCUUCACAAAAAUGAAAAGUGGGGUGAGCAAGACACGCUUCUUCCUUUUGAGAGGAAGAUUUACUUUUCAAAGGAACAAUGAGGUGCUUUUGUUUUUAUGCUGUUACGAAUGCAGCAAUAGAUGUAAGGAUAUCCUGUGGGAUUAGAGUAGCCACAGGCCUUUCGGGUUGUCUCAUCAUGGAAAAUGAAACAGUCAGCCUUUGAUUAACUUAUUGGAAAAUAGUCUGGGCUUCACAAGUGCAAUUUGAAAUGAAAACUGCUGGUUUUGACAUUGGUUGUAGGGAAGCAAGCUUGUUUAGUGAAAAUGAACCAGGACCUUGUAUGUGUGUCAGACUGUGUGCACCCCAGAGAUGGGAGGAAUAGACUCUCAUCUCUACCCAGCUCCUUAAAUCCCUCGGCGAGUGGCUUUUACCUCUCAACACGUCCACUUCUUUCUUGUGGCAGUGCUCAUUUAUUCCUUGAAAUUGCCAUCAUCGAGAGCUUGUAUUAGGCAGAGCCCUAGUUUUGCAGAACUUCCUGUCAGUGUGUGGUUGUGUGUGCAGUGGGAGCUUUCUGCUUAUUUCCACACAAGUGGCUGGACAGCUGUCCCUGCUGGGUUGUCCCUCUGACCUCUCAGCUUGCUGACGCAGUGACCUUUCCUUCAGAACUGACCUAUGCUAAUAGCCAAAAAACAUCUAGCCUCCUGGUGAAGGAGAGUUAAGAUCGUGCAGAAGUAGUCCAGGUGACACAUUAGAUCUGCACAGGAUUGUUCUGCACAUCUUUGUAGCCCACGUUUAUCAUUAUUUCAUAAUGAUGUAAAGAAUCAGAUCUCUUCUUUGCUCCUUGUGGCCCGUCAGUCCCAGCCCAGUACUGUGGCUGCCCAGCUUGCUCCCUCACACCAACCAGCCCCGAUUCCUCCAUCCCCGGUGCCAGCAGUGUGCCGUACCACGCAUGUGCUGCUCUCGUGGUGCAGUUUCGAAGAAGCUGAUCACUCCUGCAGCACCAAGCAGGAAUCCUAGGUGGGUUACUGCACAUGAACUACAGCUGUUCCCAACUGGCUGAUUUCCUUAAAAUUUGGCCCUUCAAGCUGCCAAAUGAAUUCCAGGUAAUAUAUACUUGUCAAGUUAUCCAUGGAAAAUGGAUCUGAUUCCAGCAUGCCACCUUCUUUUCCUGCCCCAGGUAACUUCACGCAACCAUGAUUACUUCACUGCCCAUGUCGGCAAGGCUGUGUAUUGCACCACGUUUUCUUUGACACGUAUAUGCUUUUGCAUAGACUUCUUUUUCUUGGUAGAAACAGUUACUACUCUUAAAAUGAGUAGCGUUAUCAUUAAGGACUGCACUUUUUUCGGUGUUGACACUUUUGCCUGCAAGUGUCUGCCAGUGCUGUAUUUUUCAUUCCUAACACAGUUGGGCAUCCCUAUUGGCAUUUGGAUGGCUGUUCCGUGUUCCUGCUCGUAUGGGUCUUGUUGACAAGACUGCGGAAGCAGAUGGCGUGUCAAACUAUUAAAAUCCAUUCAAAAACUGCAGAGAACUGAAAGCUACAUAUUUUUAAAGAGAAGUUUAAGCCUAUCAGUCUUCCCAUUAAGAAUCUCAGUGUUGAUUAUCCUUUUCUUUGUGUAAAUUGGAGAAAAGGCUACCAUUAAAUUAUCCUAGGGCCCUUAGAGAGAGCAGAAGCUGUAGCAUACUGUGCCAGGACAGACAGUAGGUGAAGCAGCUGGAACUCACAGCUCACUUGUAGUGCUGGGAUUAAUUCCAGUAAAAAGCAAUGUAGCAAUUAAAGUCCUGAAGUGUGUCUCUGGGAAGUUGCCAGUGGUUCCCAGAUCCUGAGAACUGCAAGGCAGGGCAACCAUUCAGCAGGGCUGGUGAGUAUAGCUAAAAAGGAUUUUAAAUAAUCUAGAUGUUGUUAUGCUGUUGUAAUGAAAGCAUUUCCCUGGGGUACCGGUCUCGGCAGUAGCGUAGCGCACACUUACUUAAGAGACUGAGAAGGCUUAGAGACACAGAACAAAGAAACAGAGAUAGAGUGGACCUGGUACAGGGCAAAAAUGGAGACUAAAAUGAGGCUAAUCACACUGUCUUAGCAAAAUGCUUUCGCUAUCCUUGAUAAAACAGUGCAAAUCAAUUUAUAUUUAAUCCUUUUGGGGGGCGAGGGGGCAAGAGGCUGUUCCUGUAGGGACAAAUGUAAUGACCAGUUCUGUCUUGUUUCUGACAAGUAGAACAGGAAGAUUAGAUGCAGAGAGGUUAUUACUGGAAGAAAAUCAGAAAGGGGCUUUUUCUGAGGAUGGCCACUAAAAACUAUGGGUUAGCAUGGCUGACCAAAAUUGCUUAAGUAUUCCAAGUGAGUGGUAACAAAUGCUUAGUCUGGAAAUGUUUUUGAACAUGCUUACAUAUUGCUAGUAGCCACCGAAAGACCUCUUUUCUAUCAUGAUAAUAAGGAAAAAUGCUCCUUCGAGUGUGUUGUUUAAACAAGCAAAACCAAACCUGCUGUCCACUUGCUUACAGUAGCAGUUUGGAAUUGAUCAUAUGUCUGAAUUAGAUCAAAAGUUGGCAGAGUUGUUUCCAAAAAAUAAAAAUAAAACAAAAAACAAUUCCCCAGUCACUGUAGACAAAGCAUUUGAACUGAAUUUGUCUGAUCAGGGAUGAAUUCUGGUAUUCUUUGUGGGGAAAAAUUACUUGAGUGGCUCUUUACUGCAGCACAGUGGUAAUUUAAGGCUGUGUUGUUCCAAUUACGAUUUUUUAAACAAGUUUUAUAUUCUAAUGACUUGUCCAUUUUCAAGCUCUGUGUGAAUUAUUUUCCAUUGUUUAAAAGCACUUUGACAGAUCUCCAUUCUCUCCAUUCUUGCCAUUAAUUUAGAAAAAGGCGCUGUAUGCUUCCUUACCAAGCUGAGUGUGAACAAGGAAGGUGUCUCUUUGCAUUAGCUGUCUUUUCUAUGGGAACAAACAGAAAAUGUAUAGACUGCAGGUCUGUAAAUGUGUGCUGAUGUCUUUUGCCUUUUAUAGUGCAAGACCAGGCUUCAUGUGGUCAUAUAGCCAGUAGUCAGGUGGUUGCAUUUCCAAACAAGUACCUGUUUUGAGUCUUGAUGCCAGCUUUGGGUGUUGCAGAGAUGCCACGAUAGAAGGUUGUACUGUCACAUUUUGGCCUGGUCACGUGCUUUUGCCCUUCUGCCUGUGUUGUCUGCCCUUUACAGAUAGAUUCAGCCUUUCAGGUUUGUGCUCUGCAUGGGAUAGCAUCUCAGUUUUGUAAGACCGUGUGUAUAUAAUUACUAGAUACAUGCAUGCACUUCUGAUGCAUAUCUGAUAUAGCUACAGGUGUUUUGCAGUCCAGCUGCAAGGAGAACAACUCUACAUCUCAAUUUAUUGGAUGUUUUUCCAUUUAAAAUCAUGGGCGGUUUUGCUGACCAGGUAGCGGUGUCGUAGGGAACUCGCCUCUGUGAGCUGCAGGCCCCCAGACCUGCCUCUGCAGGACUUGGUGUGUUGAGAGCUGGGGCCUGGUGGGACUGGGCAAAAAGGACAUGCUGAAGCUUAAAGGUAACUCCUCUGUUACUCCCAUACUAGUGAUGUAACACAAAGUCCAAAUCAGCUAACAACACAUCUCAUUUCUCAAACCUGAUACUUAAGGUCAUUUCGUGUAUUGCAGCAAACUUACCUUAACAGUCAAUGUACAAAAAAGUUGUUUGCGAAACCAGAAAGAGUGCCCGUUCUCACUUAGCUAUUAUGUACCGCUUAACUCUCUUUCGGGCAGCGGACUUGGAAAGUCCUAAUAUGUUUUCUAUUUUAAAAAAACACGAGUGGGGAGGACAACAGCCAUAGAAGUCUUGUCUGCUUUCACACAACGGCACUUUUAGUCCAAUGAUUACCUCUGCCACAAACCACCUUCUCAGCCAUGUUUUCCCAUGUAAUCUUUCUCCCUGUUUUUUCUUCUAAUGUAUGUCUGCAAGUUUAUAAAGCUUUAAAGAGACAAAGAAGUGGUGUCUGCAAACCGUGUUUGAUAUUCGUGGGGGUGAGUUUCUAUGACUUGGGUUCAGCUGCUUUACUUGCGCUCAGUCUCUCCAAUGUCAAGUGUUAGGAAGACACAAACUUUGAACCCGCAGCUGUCUAAGGAUUUUUUUGUUCAGAGAUUAGGGUUCCAUUGACAGCUGAGCCUGAAAGAUCCUUAACUUCUCAAGAUUAUAAAACAGCAUAUAUUUUUAUAGAAAUGUAAUUGUAUAUUUUAAAAAAAAUGUUUCUUGCAGCUUCUCCAUAUGUAUUUUUCCCCUCGUAGUUCAGAUUUGAUACAAACUGUUUUUUUUGUGUUCAUUCUUUUUAUGUUGUUUUUAAAUUUUUAGUCAAAGCUUUCGUGUACUGUACAGGAGCAGUCAGCCUUUGUAAUUACUGUAUAAAUGCUUUAUAAUAAAGUAUAUUACUUUUAUUUUAACAAGCGAGCAGACACUUCCUUUUGUGUGUUUGCUGCCUAGGGCACCUUCUAAAAGACUGUUACAUGUUAAAAAUGUACAUAUAUAAAUAUAGUUACCUGUUGCUGUACAGUUGUGAUAGACCGGACUGAAUUUAUUUUUUGUGUGCUUUUUUUUAUAAAAUAUUAAUACACUAAAGGAAAUCUUGCUGAUGUGAUUGUAAUGUACUAUGUAACUUAUUUACUUAAUAUCCUCUAUAUAUCUAAAAAACCUUUUAUUAAAUGAGGUUUAAAAAAUA